AUGGUUCUAUCAUGUCUCCGGCCAGAAGAAGUUCCUCACUUCCGCGAAAUCAUCAAAAAAUACAAUUCGGGUGAGGCGAAUGUAAAGAUUUUCGCGCAGAAGCUCGUCGAACUUCUCGGUCCGACUCGAAAAAAGCGGCUUUCAUACCUCAAACAUGUGUUGAGAGCCGACGACAUUCGACAAUUCGACGCCGCGAUUCUAUAG